AUGGAAAAGUUUGAGAGACCAGAAAAGGCAGACUGUGAUCAAGAUGGAGGCAGUAAGAGUCGUAAUGAAACUGUAUUGCCAACGAAGGAGGAGUAUGAGGCAUCUGUGACCAAAUGGGCUGAUACACGGACUGGGUCUGUCUUCAGCAUCAUUAGGCCAGAAGCAAAGCGUGUUCUGUUGGCUGCCCUAUUAAAGGGGAUCAUAGCCCUGCAUUUUAAUUUCUGUAGGGCCUACAAGGACAACGUGAUCUACAACGUCCUGGGAAACGUGAAUGCAGUUUACUGGCUGAUUCUGUUUCUCUUUCUUGGGUCAUAUCUGCUGGUACAGUGGUUGAAUAGGCUCUAUGCCAAAUAUGGCGUAGAUAAGGCCACUGAAUACUUCGUGGUUGUCUCUGGCAUAGUCUACACCGUGAUGGCAUUGCUUGUCUACGUGUUCUACGCCUUCUACUCCCCUGGCUACGUCCAGGAGCUCUCUCACUCUGGCACACUCGCAAUCAGGCGACUUGGCUUCGUUGAGAUCCUUCUUUCUCUGGUAGUGAACUUCGUGAUGGUCUUCUACUACCUUCUGAACGAUCUGCUAUCAAAUGCACUCGUAAACAUGGUGUUUAUGACGUAUCUGACGUACAACACGAACACGUUCCAACUCACACGCUACUUCCGCCUCAUUGGCGUUGCUAAUGGCAUUUCGUACCUGCUGGCUGCUCUCGUCCUGAAAGGAGUCAUCUUCCUCCAGUCAUGCGUAUUCUGCCCUAGAAACGAGAAAUGGCNGCUCUCUCACUCUGGCACACUCGCAAUCAGGCGACUUGGCUUCGUUGAGAUCCUUCUUUCUCUGGUAGUGAACUUCGUGAUGGUCUUCUACUACCUUCUGAACGAUCUGCUAUCAAAUGCACUCGUAAACAUGGUGUUUAUGACGUAUCUGACGUACAACACGAACACGUUCCAACUCACACGCUACUUCCGCCUCAUUGGCGUUGCUAAUGGCAUUUCGUACCUGCUGGCUGCUCUCGUCCUGAAAGGAGUCAUCUUCCUCCAGUCAUGCGUAUUCUGCCCUAGAAACGAGAAAUGGCUCUAUAUCUCCGUCUACCUGACCAAUUCAGUCACAAUGGCCCUGAUAGUGGCAAUUAAGCGUCUUUUGGAUGCAGAAUUCAGUCUACCUCUCUACCAGGACGAUUCACGUGACAAGGGAAGAGUCAAGGCAAGGAGUGCCACUGCAAUGGGCCUAUGUGAAAUGGCCUCACUCUGGUGGCAGUCCAAGUUGCUCUAUUCGAUCUCAAUCUUCAACAUCCUCUACAAUAUUGGAUCCACCCUCUUUGGUACGCUAGAGAAGUACGUGUAUCGAGCAUACGCCCAAUACGUGGAGACGAACUCAGAAGCCAGUCCAUUUCAGGGGGCAGUAGCAANAAUGGCCCUGAUAGUGGCAAUUAAGCGUCUUUUGGAUGCAGAAUUCAGUCUACCUCUCUACCAGGACGAUUCACGUGACAAGGGAAGAGUCAAGGCAAGGAGUGCCACUGCAAUGGGCCUAUGUGAAAUGGCCUCACUCUGGUGGCAGUCCAAGUUGCUCUAUUCGAUCUCAAUCUUCAACAUCCUCUACAAUAUUGGAUCCACCCUCUUUGGUACGCUAGAGAAGUACGUGUAUCGAGCAUACGCCCAAUACGUGGAGACGAACUCAGAAGCCAGUCCAUUUCAGGGGGCAGUAGCAACCACUGGCACCAUUUCAAUGCAUUUCAAGGCAUUUGAACUCGCAGCCCAGUUCUACAUCCUCACGUUUCUGAUGCUCUCUCCAAUCGUAAGUCGCCUCUACAGCAAAUUUGGAUUCGUCUUCUUCGGUGUCACCGUGGCCGCAAUCUACACCUGGUGCGCCCUCUCUACUGCUUUCAUGGCCGCCUACAACUACCCAUUUACGAAUGAUGGAAAACAGGUGCUGUUUGGCCUUGGUUUUGGUAACAGACAGCCCAGCUUCUACACAGAGGCCAUCUUUAUUGCACUCAACAACUUCCUGAUCAAAUUAUCAAAAAAUGCAUUUAUUGAUCUGGCCAGGGAAUCAAUGUAUCUGUUAGUGAAUCCAACAGACAGAAUCAUCUACAAGGGAAUUGCUGAUGGAGUGAUACCAAGGGGAAUCAAAAUGAUGAAUGCAUUCUAUGGAAUAACGUGUACGGUGCUAGGCGUACGAGAUGUCAGGUAUUUGGUGCCACUAUCAAUGAUGGUGAUGUUGGGGGUGGUAUUGCUUACAAUUAGACCCAUGCUGUAUAUCAGGCGACUUGCCAGAAUAUCCAAGAAAACAGGCGAAUAUGUUGAAUGA